AUACACGAUGAAAAGCCACGGAAAAUAUCGAUAUCAAUAAAGUCACGAUAAAGAUCGGUAGCCCGACACUUCGAAGGAAAUGAUGUAAUAUUUACUGUGCGUUAAGCUACACGAAAUCAAAUUCGUUAUGCAUGAAUAGAAAUAACGGCGCUGACCUUUCUGACGGGGCUUUUUUUAUUCUCUCUCUUUCUCUCUCUCUCUCUCUCUCUCUCUCUCUCUCUCCCUCCCUCCCUCCCUCUCUCACCGCGUACACGUGUCUUUCGAUAUAUGAAAUAAGUAUCGCGUAAUAUCCUUCGUACUCUAUUCCAUUACGUCGCGAAUACAACGCUGCAUUCAUGUCGUCCUUUCGUAAGAGCAGUCAAUAAAUCUCCGCGGCGAAAAUAUAAUCGUUUUACAAUCAAAUCACACGAAAUUAGAAGUUAAGCCGCUUUUCUUUACAGCGAGAUUAAAGAAAAAAGAAUCCCCGACAAAAUAAUAUCGAAAAAGUCGGAACCGAGCGGCGAGUCUCGUGAGACGCUUCAGCCGGCAGGUGCUCGAACUCCUCGGGGCACUGUCGAGGUCUUCCCCACCCCUCCCGCCCGUUCCCCUAAAUGAAACGCGCGUAUCUGACGAAAUCGCGAGCUCGGAAUUAGUAAAGCGUUGCGUUCGCCGCCAUCGCCGUCGCCGCGUGUGUCGAAACGAGGCGCGCGCGCGGCCACACAGCAGCAAUGGCCGCGCAUACGUACACACACGCAUACGCGCGCACGUAAGCUCUACCGAGAUACCAGAUAUCCUUCGGUAAGGUCAAAAUGGCGGAGAAUUCCACACGAUCGUCGGCGCUCGCGCGCGAGGGCGCAAUAUUGCGGGCACCGGCGGCGGCGUUCGCAUUAAUAGCGCGCGACCGAACGUGACGCAAGCUCGCGAAAUAUGUAAAUUGCGCUAACGGCGCUCCCGUUUACACAUCGUAAAAAAAAAAAAAAAAAAAAGAAAGAAAACCGACGACCGCGCGUCGAUUUAGGGCAGACACGCGCGAAAAUUCCUCCCUCCCCUCCCGCCUCCCGCCACCGCGAGAGAGAAACCCCGAACGGAAUGCGACUGACUUCCGGUGACGCUCGAGAAUUGGGAGAGAGAGAGAGAGAGAGACAAAGACGAGGAUGAGGAGAUCACCCGGCGUCACCCGGCCGCGUUUUCCUUUGUCGGGAACGACGAGAGCAUAGGAUCAGCUCUCCCGUCGCGCCGCGCCGCGAAAAUGUAAACUCCGCCCGCGAUCGUACCGGUUUUAGUGCCCGCGUCAAAUCGCUCAUUCAACGCGCACAUAUACGCUCAUUCAGUCGGUGCGAGCGCACGCUGACUCAGUGGAAAUAAACAACGGCGGAAGGAAACAGGCGCGACGCGCGCGUGUUGUCCGCGCGCGACGAAUACGACGGAAGGUCAAAAAAAAAAAAAAGAAAGAAAGAAAGAAAGACGGGAGGCUCUCCGACGGAGAAGGACUUUCCACAUUCUUUUGAGAAGGCAACAGGAGUUUCGCGACGUAAGAGGCACAUUUAGCUUCUGACGAAACAGCGGAGCCGUUAUCUAAAAAAACAAUUGCCUCCCCGGCUUAUCUUCUCCUCGCCAUCAAGGAGAGGCGAUAAAUGAAACGCGUAAGAGAUCUCGUUUCAAUUUUGCAGUCUCUAUCUCGAAAGGCCUCACCAAACAUUUUUAUCACGUUAAUGAGGAUAAAUCCUUAAGCAUAUAAAGGCAGAGGAAACGUGCGAUUUGCGCAAAUAAAGCCGUCAUAUCAAUCUUUUGAAAAUGUUUUCGAACAUUUUUCGGAAAAAUAAAAAGCAGGAAUGAGCGACAGCGACUGUGCCAGCGAAUUCGAGAGAAGUGACGAGAAAACGGAUCCGGGCGCUAUCAGACACGGGAACUUCAUGAAUUAUUACCAAUUCCAUCCUGCGGAAGAGCGCGUGCGGCAACUUCCGCGUGGCGUGUGGCAGCGGCAACGGGUCGCCCAUCCGGCCCGGAAAUACGCGGGUCUAGACGUCGGCUGUAACGCCGGAGAUCUCACGUACAUUCUACGCGACUUCCUCGAGGAGGCCAUGCUGCAAGAUCGGCUCGAGAUCUCCUUAAUCGGCGUGGAUCUCGACCCGAUCCUGAUCGAGAAAGCGCGCGAGCGCAAUCCGCGCCCGGACCGCCUGACCUUCGAGUGUCUGGACUUUUUGUCCGAGGACUGCGACGAGACGCUGAGCCGAUACCUGGCGCAGCUUAAUAAAACGCGAUUCGACGUGGUAUUCUGUUUCUCGAUCACCAUGUGGAUUCACUUGAAUCACGGCGACGAUGGUCUGGAGAAGUUUCUGCGAAAGGUCUGCGAGCUGGCGGAAAUGAUUGUCGUUGAGCCGCAGCCUUGGAGGUGCUACAGAAACGCAUCGCGGAGAAUGCGAAGGGCGAAAUUGGAAGAUUUUCCGCUGUUGAAGGAGCUGAAGUACACCGGCGAUCCAAUGAAGCACAUAGAGGAUAUUUUAAGGAGGCAGUGCAACUUUCAACGCGUCACGGUUACUGCCGGCAACGAAUGGGGACGCAUGCUUUUGAUUUACGAAAGGAAACAGGAACCGUGAGAAAUUGUAGCAGAAAAUGUAUGAUUAAAUAAAUGAAUGAUUAUGAGUAAAAGUACAUGAACUAUUAUGAAAAGUAGAAUUAUAAAAUAUGAAAUAGUAUCAAUAUGUGAGUAUUGGAUACGUAUAAGAAAGUAAUUAUACUUCCUUAUACGUAUGUGUGAAUGUGAGAGUGUGCGUCGACAUAGCGUCAAUGUCAGAUAAUUUGUCUCAACUUGGUAUAGAUAAGAACCGGAAAUUUCUAAUAAAUAAUUCAAUUCAAUCUCAUUGCAUGAGAUUUUUAUAUGUGCUAUCUUUUGGCCGAUUACAACCAAAAAACGCCUAAAGAGGGGAAAAGUUUAAGGAAAUUUAAAUAAAAAUAAAAAUAGAAAUUAUAUAUAUAUAUAUAUAUCCUUUUAAGAAUCUUCUAUUUAUGUAUAAUAGCAAUAGAAAACCAAUAGUGAACUAAUAAGGAUACAAUAUGGAUAAAAAAAUUUCAGAAAAAUAAAAAAUAUAAGUGCUAAUACUUUUGA